AUGAAACUCACCACCACCUCCCUCCACCACCACCUCCACUACCUCUCCUCCCCCUCCCUCCACAAUGCCACCAAUUCCUCAGUGCCCUGCUCUGCUCGCGUCUCCAAGGCGCCAUUCGCCGUCCGCAUGUCCCUCAGGGAGGACGGCCCCUCUGUCGCCGUCGUCGGCGUCACUGGCGCAGUCGGCCAGGAGUUCCUCUCCGUCCUCUCCGACCGCAACUUUCCUUACCGAUCCCUCAAGCUGCUCGCCUCCAAACGCUCUGCCGGGAAAAAGGUCACGUACGAAAAUCGAGAGUACACCGUGGACGAAUUGACGGAGAACAGCUUCAGUGACGUGGAUAUUGCCCUUUUCAGUGCUGGCGGGAGUAUAAGCAAGAAGUUCGGGCCUGUAGCUGUGGACAAUGGAGCCAUCGUGGUGGAUAAUAGCUCGGCGUUCAGGAUGGACCAAGGCGUUCCUCUCGUGAUACCGGAAGUAAAUCCUGAGGCCAUGGAGGGGAUUAAUCUCAGGAGUGGGAAAGGGGCUCUCAUUGCAAAUCCAAACUGCUCGACUAUUAUUUGCCUCAUGGCAGCCACCCCUUUGCACCGUCAUGCCAGAGUAUCGCGUAUGGUUGUAAGUACAUACCAGGCAGCAAGUGGUGCAGGUGCAGCAGCAAUGGAAGAACUUGAACUGCAGACUCGUGAGGUGCUGGAAGGAAAACCACCUACCUGCAACAUUUUUAAGCAGCAGUAUGCCUUUAACUUGUUCUCACAUAAUGCACCUGUCCUUUCGAACGGAUACAAUGAGGAGGAGAUGAAAUUAGUAAAGGAGACGAGAAAGAUAUGGAACAAUAAUGCUGUUAAGGUAACAGCCACCUGUAUAAGAGUACCUGUCAUGCGUGCUCAUGCCGAGAGUGUCAAUCUUCAAUUCGAGACACCUUUAGAUGAGGACACGGCAAGAGAGAUUCUUAAAAAUGCCCCAGGGGUAGUUGUUAUUGAUGACCGUGCGGCCAACUACUUCCCUACCCCAUUAGAAGUCUCGAAUAAAGAUGAUGUGGCAGUGGGUAGGAUACGCCAAGAUGUUUCCCAAGAAGGGAAUUAUGGGUUGGACAUUUUUGUUUGUGGCGAUCAAAUACGCAAAGGCGCUGCUCUUAAUGCCGUCCAGAUAGCUGAGAUGUUGCUCUAG